GGUGCGCCACACGGACAAACGCUUGUCAAUGGACUACUUGAGACGGCUCUCAAUCGGCGUCUGCGGCGGCUCCGCGCGGUUCGGUGGCGUGCUCUUUUGACUUGUCAUCUGCAACCAGAUCCUCGUCCUCCGGGUGGAAAGAGAAAGACGGGAGAGAAAGGACUCAAAUCCAAACAAAAAUGCCUGGACCUCAGUCUCUCCAAACUUGACGGGGACUUGCGGGCAUGGGAGAAGCGACCCCUGCUCACUCUGCUGCCGGGGCAUUCGCACCCAUGUUGGGUGUCGGGUUAGGAACCAUGCCCGCUGGGGUCGGCAACGGCCCGGCGGUGGCCACCUCCAGAGGCUCCGCGGUACCACAGUGCCACAGCGCCAUUGUGGAGCGUUUGCGCGCCCGCAUAGAGCUGUGCAGGCGGCACCACUCCACCUGCGAGACCCGCUACCAGAGGGGCCAGGCCGAGAGCUCCCGACCGGGAGCCACGAGAGCCACACUUCACCUGCUCAACAUAGUCCACCAAGGGCCCGGGAACCGAAAGACGAAGGGCAGCCGGGGAUCGAACCAGCAACCUCCAGAGUACAGCAGGGUCAACGGAGAGCUAAAGGGCGCUGAGGGCGACCAGAAGAUAUCCACGCGCAUAGCGCUUCAAGGAUCUUUGCGAAGGAAGAUUGAGGGACAUGCCCCAGGACACGCACAGAAGCAGAAUGGGCUCUCCUGUGGGUUUUCUGGACCAGACUUUAAGCGGGUGCGUUUGGAUACCGGUGGCCUAGGACAUGGGGCUUGCAACCACAACUUAACCCAGUCUCAUUCCCUGCAAGGGUCCUCCUCCAUGGGCAUGCAGAGGAAGAAUUACAUGAUGCCCCAUGGUGUGGGCUCAGACAUAUUCAACAUGACCCUGAAAGAAAUGAAAAAAGAGCCCAUUGAAGUCCAGUCUUGUGGCCAGUCGAAUGCAGAGAUGAUUUUUGACUUCAAAGAUGAAGCUGGUGGUCAGAUUGACCCCGACCUCCAGGAUCUUUUUGAUGAGCUUACAAAGACUGUGCCGACGCUGAAUGACUUGGAAUUUGAGAAGAUGCUGAAGCAGGAUGAUGCAUUCGGUUUGGAUCUAGGUCGGCCAAGCUCCGCAGGAGCAGCUGCCAGUCUAUGUUCCCCCAUGGAUAGGCCCAUAAAGUUGGAGCACGCCCCAGAUUUUGGCCAGGUUCAUGGUGGCUCGCCUCAGCUUCGACCAGCCUCAGCAGGACCUUCUUUCACGUUGACCAGCACCUCUUCUACUACCACGUCGCAGAAAGCUAACACUCAGGCAGGCCACCCCAGGGCCCUGCCCUGCUGGCCAGAAAUAUCCCACGCAGAGCAGCUGAAGCAGAUGGCAGCAAACCAGCAGCAGCCAAGCUCUCUGCUCCAUCACCACCACCAAACAUCACCUGCAGGGUUGACCAACUGGGCUCCUGCCAUGAGCACCCACUCCUCCAGCAGUGCCUUUCCCCAGGACAAGGUCUCGACCGCGGCCGUGCUUAGCCAGCAGAGGAUUGGCUCUCAGAGUAAAGGGAUCAACAACUGCCUCUUCAAGUCAAAUGGCCACAAUGGCUCCCAUCAUUUGGACAUGAAGGGUCUCAGCACCAAGCCCACGUUGCAUUUCAGCCCCAAAGCACCCCAUUCUGCCAGCCAGCCGAUGCCUGUCAUGGCAGGCUUGGUGAACAAGGCUUCAGCCCAGCAGCAACAGUCUCCAUCGACUGGCCAGAAUCAGCCACAUUCAGCUCUCCACUUCCAGAACCAACAGAUCUCCACACCAGGGGCUCUUUGUCUGCAACCCAAGCCGGUUCCCGCAGGGCUGCCAUUCAAACUGUCACAACAGCAUCAGGGUGUUCCUCCUGGUCCGAGGCUGCCAACCAAUGGGAACUUAGGAGUCAUGUCAACCCAGUCGCAGCCGCUGGUCCCAGUCCCCAACAACCAGCAAAAGGGCCCAGCCAAACCUCAGGCCAUGCAGAGACAACUUAAUCAACAACAGCACACCAUUAGCAAUUCAGACAAAGACAAUGCACACGAUCAGUUCAAUCGUCAUCUCACAAGACCGCCACCUGAUUACAAGCAGUCGAGAGGUAUGGUGGGAGUUCAGCAGGGAAACAUCUUCACAGGUCAAAAUUCCUCCCAGUCUUCCAGCAAUGGCCAUGAGAAUGACAUACAGUCCAUGUCUUGUCACCUCCCAAGUGGGUCUGGUUCCAAGAUGAGUCCGUCGGACCGCAGAUUCGGUAUUGCGGCUGACUGUCGUCCGAGUCCUUGUAUGGGCCAAUUCCAGCAGCAUAACAAUCUGAAUCGAAUUGGAUUGAAUCAAAAUAAAGCUCGGUUCCUGGGUCCAAACACGCAUGGAAAUUCAUUUGGGAUGAACAAUGUAGCAGGUGUACAACACCCAAGAACGACAGCUGACCUGCAUUCCUCGGGGGUACCAGGUCAGGGUCUCGCAGGCUUGAUGAAAAAUGUCAACAUGGGCUGGGGCUCGGCCAACAAGCAAGUGACAACUGGACUCGGUGUUAGGCGGAUACCCAAUCCUCUCCAGUCUCAGGGUGCACAGCUGGACAUGCCAAACCUCCCGUACCAACAGAGGAUCAUAGGCCCUCCCAACCAGGUAGCACCAGACAUUGGAAUGCUCCCUCUUAACCCUUCGAUAAGAGACACAGGCCCAAGAUCAAGCCAGUCAAUGAUGGGAUCUCCAUCAGCCGUGAUGAACCUGAACCAGGCCUCUCCUGAACAGAGGGUACCAGCAGGCCACUUUGCAGAGCCCAGUCCCAGCUCGAGCAGCUUCCAGAAUAACCGAGCUAACAGACUGACCUUUGACUUCCUCCCAGAGGGAGAUAACACAGUUCCAGGGAUCAACACAGACUCGGACUUCAUAGACUCUCUGCUCAAGUCUGGUUCUGGAAAUGAUGAUUGGAUGAAAGAUAUAAAUUUGGAUGAGAUUCUGGGCAGUCACUCUUGAAUUUGCGUCACAGAUCGCUAAAGAUCAACCCGCUGCUCAAAGUAUAGAGGUUAUGGACGAAAGGUGCAAGGAGAAACAUUUGUAAAUAAUGUUCAAAUGGAAUUUUAUAAACUCAUAUUAUUUGUUAUCCAACUAUAGUGUUUUGUAUUGUAUUUACUGUGAAAAUGAAUUUGUGUUAUGUCCUUAGUACUUUGCAUAUUUUAUUCCUGGUAUAUUGGCUGAGAAAGUACUUUUCUUUGCAGUCUUUGCAGUCUGUGGUCUGUUUGUCAUACUCAUGCUGUAUAGGAUACAAUGCCAUAUUCACACUGAAAAGAAAACAUUGCUGUGUUGCUUUUCAAGUUCACGUUGAUAAUCCAAGUUAAGUUUCUAAAUCUGCAUCCACUAUAUAGCAUGAUAUGGUAUUCACCUUCAGACGUUUUGCUACCAUGCACACAGAGAAUCUUGCCACAACAAAUGUGUUCUUACUUAUUGUUCAUGCUUUUUCAUCUGUGGUAGUUGUUGAUGCAAUUUAAGUAAUGUAACCAUUCUUCUUUUUUUUUCAUGUGAUAUUUAAUAAUUAUUGGGAUAGUAAUGUGACAUU